AUGCCGAAAGACCACUGCCAGUGUUCCGCUUUAAUCGGGAUACUCGACGCGAAAUUAGAGCGUCUUUCGAAGGCAUUGGAGGACUCAGGCGCCAAGAAUGCAGCGACCUGGGCGAAAGUCGACAAGGAACUUUCCUCGCUGAACCAAUACCUCGCGAUGUCCAUACCGGGUCCCAUGGCUGCGAAGAAAGUCAUACAACUUUCUGACGCGGCUAUAAAAACCGCCACAGCGUCGCUAGUGGACAGACGCCUAAGGGAAAACAGGCUGAUAAUCUGGGGGUCGUUCUCCGGAAAAAUCACGCCAGCGAAGCUGGCACAGUCGAUCCUCAGCAAGCCUGAUCAAUCGCUCCACGCAGAAUGGCUACGCCAAAAGGGAAGUAAGCGAACCCUUGGACUUCUAGUUACUCUUUCUUCCCCGUCCGACGUACAGGCAAUCUUGGAGCGGGCUGGCAGCAUUCAAAAGGCCAACCCAAUGAUCAGGCGCCUAUCUGAGGAUCGUCCUCUAGACGCGCGCAAGAUUGGUCACAACAGGUCAGGAGUGGAAGCACGAAACAGGCUUCCACCGGGCACUAAACCAGACGACCCCAAACUCAUGACCAAGCCGAUUGUGGUCAUAUCCCCCUGUGCUCCCGAAAGCAGGCCGAUGAAACCAGCUGGUUCUCCGGACAGCAGUUUUUAUUCGACCACCACAGGCCUCUCGCCCACCAAAGGCAGGGACGCCCUGGAGGAGACAAAUCCCACAUGCAAGCAGCGCCCAAACUACGUGGAGCUAUCAACGCUUAUCUCCGUAUCAGAGGGCACAGCUGCAGCCGCGCACUCGUCAACAAAGUCACAGCCCCUGAACUGGACUGAGUCAGAUGUGCGGGGACAAGGAGCGAAGCCAAUCUCUAGCUCCACUCCGUCAAAAGCUGCAUCCCUGCUUGUGGACCCAACUGUCGCCCAGUACCCCGACACCCAAAGCCACAAACAUGACUACAGCCAUCCGGAAAAUCCCUCGUACAUCCAGUUGUCCACGCUGAUCGCUGGCGGAUCGGGUGUGCACACAAACACGGAAGAAGAGCGACUGCAGCCAAAAAAGCCAUAUAAAACUCGCCAUAUUAGAAAACUGCUGGCUGGCUUCAAGGUGCAGUCCUCCGCGAAAACGAGCCUCUUGGGAGCGCCACCAAAAUCAUUACUUCUUGGUGCCACCACCCAGCGCUCAUGGCCUCGCAGAGACACUCUUCCGGUUAAACCACUCCAAAACGCCCAAGGAUCCAGAAAGGCGAAAGCUUGCAGCAAACCUUUGAUCAGCAGCAAAUCUGGUCGACGAAAAAGGGAUGCUGAAAGAGCUACAAACAGCAACGGUCGAAAUUUUCGCCCAAGGGGAAAAAAACUCCGUCCCCCAGAGCCAAAAAGCCCGAGCAACCCGAGCUCUCACGGAACGAAAAAGACCCCGCAGGCGAAAAGCACCCCCAGAAACCACAAUGGCCGGAAGCAGCCAUCGCCGCAGAGGCCCCCUUGGAGCCUUGGACUCAGACUCAAACCUGGUGCACAACUAUUAAUGUGCCGUAUUUCUAAAACCCCACCAGCUGUUGAGUUGCGUCGAAGUCUACUUGCGGACGCGAUGUUUCGGUUGGGCCCCUCCCAAUGGGGUCCUAGAUUGCUGAGGAACGGUGUCCGUAGUGCGAACAGUUCAAGUCGGGGUUCGCCUAUGCAGGCUGCUCCACCUACAACAGCGGCGACUGGUGCCAGUUCAAGUCCGAAAGCAACAGCUUCUCCUCCACCGCCCCCGUCACCCGCGUCGGAUAAGCUGGAAGUUUUUGUGGACGGAACGCCUGUUUUGUGUGACCCCGGAAUGACCGUUCUGCAGGCCUGUGCUCUAGCUGGCGUACAAAUACCGAGGUUUUGCUACCACGAGCGCCUGUCCAUUGCUGGCAACUGUCGCAUGUGUCUGGUCGAAGUGGAAAAAUCCAUGAAACCGGUGGCCAGUUGUGCAAUGCCCGUAAUGCGCGGAAUGAGCAUUAAGACCGACUCACCGCUGACGAAGAAGGCUCGGGAGGGUGUAAUGGAGUUUUUGCUGGUAAAUCAUCCUCUGGACUGUCCGAUAUGUGAUCAGGGCGGAGAAUGUGAUUUACAGGAUCAGUCAAUGAAUUACGGUUCCGAUAAAUCGCGAUUUGUUGACAAUCUCUUUUCCGGGAAACGGGCAGUGGAGGACAAAAACUUGGGGCCAUUAAUAAAGACAAUAAUGACACGAUGCAUCCACUGUACUCGAUGCGUGAGAUUUGCUAAUGAAGUUGCUGGAAUUCCUGAUCUGGGUACAACUGGCCGUGGCAACAACAUGCAGAUUGGUACCUAUAUUGACAAACCCUUCUUCAGUGAACUGUCUGGCAACGUUAUCGAUCUCUGCCCGGUAGGAGCCCUUACAUCCAAACCAUAUGCAUUCACUGCUCGCCCAUGGGAAACACGUCGCAUAGAGUCUAUCGAUGUGAUGGACGCAGUCGGUUCUAAUAUUGUAAUAUCUAUGCGCACGAACGAAGUGCUACGCGUCAUACCACGACUGAAUGAGGUGAGUUUCUUUCAGACUUCCCUUUUUCAUUCCAAUUUUAUUUUUGAU